AUGACCCUCGGAUUGCUACGAAAAGCUUCAGCCACCCCCAAACCCGAAUCCUCUACGGCAGACGACUGGUUUCAUGAUCCCGCUCCCGGCAACUCCUGGGGCAUGGGAAUGGCAAACAAGACCAGCGAAACCGACAAGCUGCGCCAGAAGGUAGAUCAGAUGAGCGAGAAGCUCGACAAGUUGCUCAAGCGGGAUGAAGCUUAUCACGCGACAAGUGACGGGGUCGAAACUGGUCAGGGAGAUACACAUCCGGAAGGAGAUGGCUGGCGACCGAGCCCAAAUGAUGAAGGCUUGGGGCAGGCCGAAGAGGAUGAUGGUUCUCAGGACGAUAACUAUGACCACUCGUGGGUGGAUGAGGACGAAAUGCCGGCGCUGGAGAAUGUGACCGGUGAUUUAGGUGUCCGGCACGCGAGCACGGCUGAGGAGAGUUCGCCGGAGCGUGUGCAUGUCGAUUCAAGCCUCAGAGACGAGGUUGCGUUGUCCGAGACCAAUCAUGAACUUGAUACACUACGCGGCCAGGUGAAAUUUCUCCAAGCGAAAGUGGCUGGCUUGUGGUACGAGAAGCAUCAGCUAGCCAGGAAGGUUAAGAAGCUUGAAGGGACAGAGGACGACUCAACUCCAGCAAGGAACUAUUUCCUCUCAAGCUACAAGUUGCAGAAGCUCCAUCGUGUCCUGACUAUGGAUGAAUGCGAACACCUUCUUCAUGCAAGCACCAAAGUUCCGAGUGGGGAUGUUGUGGCUGAUAGCGAGCUGUAUAUCUUAGGUGAUCGGAGGGACUACGAUGUCUUCGUGGAUCUGUAUGGACUAGUGCCGCAAGCUGUGCCUUCACUGUUGGAGGACUAUGACAUAAUCAGCCUGAUAGAUGCACACGCUACUAUCCUGGCCACGAAGCACAAGACCUUCACACCGAAGUUUGAGGAGCGUUUUGCACGCUUCAUCAAGGAUCUCCAGCGUGCCGGUUAUACGAGAGACCCUGAUGGUGAGUUUGCGGAUGAAAUGGGUAUUCUGGAAUUUCGGUCAAGCUACAAAGCUUUCAUAGAUGCCCUCAGUAGUGAGGUCCGUGACGCUUCCAAGACCGAGGUAACGAAUGAGUCGGAAGAGAAACAACCUGCU